UGCACCAUUUAGGGUCCCCGCGCCCGGCUCCUUGGCGGUCACUCGAGGCUGUGCAGCUUCAGGUGGGGCUGAGCCUAUGAGUUUCUGGAGACCUGUACAAGCAGUCUGAACGUCCAGACCGGGUUGUUCCAGUGCCAGACUAGACAGGCUGAUUUUGGCUGCUCCUCUUGGCACCUUGCAGCCCCUUGUCGAAGCAGAUGAUGUUUCGGGCUGCCGCCAGCCUGAGAGACACUGCUGCCCGAUGCUUUCGUGUGCGGUGCCUCGGGUUCCGCGUGGGUCCUUGGUGCGUCUCCCAGCAUGAAAACCCCGGCUGUGCUGCAGCUCCACACAGGACGCUGCAUGUCAGCGCGACGGCCUCGGCAGGACACAAUAAAUGGUCUAAAGUCCGGCACAUCAAGGGCCCCAAGGACAUGGAAAGGAGUCGAAUCUUCUCUAAGCUCACUCUGAGUAUCCGCCUGGCGGUUAAAGAGGGAGGCCCUAACCCUGAGAACAACAGCAGCCUGGCCAACAUCUUAGAGGUGUGUCGCAGCAAGAAUAUGCCCAAGUCAACCAUCGAGUCAGCACUGAAGACGGAGAAAAACAAGGGCAUUUACUUGCUGUAUGAGGGCCGAGGCCCUGGAGGUGCUUCUCUGCUUAUUGAGGCAUUAUCAAACAGUAGCCCCAAGUGCCACUUGGACAUCAAAUAUAUCCUGAACAAGAACGGGGGAAUGAUGGCUGAAGGAGCACGUCACUUUUUUGACAAAAAAGGAGUGGUUGUGGUUGGAGUGGAGGAUAGAGAGAAGAAAGCUGUGAACCUAGAGCGCGCCCUAGAACUGGCCAUCGAAGCGGGAGCCGAGGAUGUGAAGGAAGCCGAAGACGAAGAAGACAAGAACCUUUUUAAAUUCAUUUGUGAUGCUUCUUCAGUACAUCAAGUGAGGAAGAAACUGGACUCCCUGGGCCUGUGUUCCGUAUCCUGCUCGCUGGAGUUCAUCCCCCACUCGAAGGUGCAGCUGGCUGGGCCUGAGCUGGAGCAGGCUGCUCACCUCAUCCAGGCUCUCAACAACUAUGAGGAUGUGAUUCACGUUUACGACAAUAUCGACUAGAUGUGUCUCCAGGCUCCUUCCUAGGCCAGCGCGAGCUUCUGCAGCAAUCUCAGAGGCUGAGACAGGUGGGAGAUUAGAGACCUGCUGCAGUGUCUUACAGCCUUGGGAAAGAGGGACUCUUAGCUCUGCUGGUAUCACAGGCCAUCUGGAAUGCAAGGAGAGACUGGCCAGCUGGUCUGACUCUGAUCCCAGGUGACUGACUCUUGUGAAGAGCCUUAAGAGUCCCGGGGCACCGAAGAGUGGAAAACAGUCUUCAGUAGUAACCAUAGUGACGUUUGGAUGCUUUAUGACUCUUGAGUUGUCCUGAUUCAUGUCCGGUUUUUGAGCCUCUGGACUAAGUAACAUUCAAACCCACAUGCUUGCUUUUCUACUUUCAUACUAAGAUUGUCUUUUUCCUUUUCUUUCUGUUUUGGAAUAGAGACAUGGCUGUUCUUGUAGUUGAAUGCUGGUCUAACAACCUAGCCUUUUCACUUGUUCAUGCAGCUAAUAUUCCCUGGACACCUUACUUGACAGGAAUUGUGCUUUUCUAGGGAGCAGGCAGUCUGGCUGAUGCUUAUGUCCUGCUCUGAGAUGUGAGGCCUCAAAGGGAAGACGCAGGGAUAUACACGGUGCUGUCCCAGAGCAUUAUGGAUCAUGAUCACCAGUUUUGCUCUCUUUAUGUGGUUUCUGUUCCCUUCUCCAAGAGCCUAAGCUUUAGUGCCAAUAGGAAAUCAGGCGCCAAGGAAAAUGGCCUCCUCAGGGCCUGCUUCGAUAUCAGCAGUUGGGGUUGCUUUCCUGAAAGGGUUUAUACUAACCUAGGUAUGAUAGAUAGUCUCAGAAGCCCAGUUUUAGCAGGAACGAUGAUAACUAGAGGGGAAACAGGCAAAGGGAAGACUGAUAGGCUGGGCCAGAGCCUAACCAAAGAAAGUUUGGAAGGUCUAGUAGAGCUGACUGCCUGCGUGGUAGCACAUCACACAAUGGGUGUGGAACAGCUCUUGAACCCAGGUCACCUACCAAGGUAUAAGUCAUUCAGGCUGGUUCUAAGCUCAGAGUAAUCUUUUCUGAAGGAGCCUUAGAUAAAAAAGUGUGGAUAAGACCUAAAGCUGUGAAAGAUAACUUCUACUUCUGAAAAAAAGACAGCUGGAAAGCCACGAUUAGGGAAACAACAGCAACAACAACAACAGCAAAACAACCCAAGCUCAUACCUGAGCAGAUGGAUGCCUUAUGCCUCAUAGCAACGUCUUCUACUAGCCAGGGCUUUUUAGACUUGUUGGGCUAAGUCAUGUAAGUUCGGACUAGCACAUUGUCUGAAUGGGGUAACUUGAUAUUGAUUAACUGCUUUAGAAUAGAUACAAUACUGUUGUGUUACUUGAUUUUACCAAGAAACCUGUAAAACAGAGCAAGGGGUUGGGACAUGGCUUGGCAAGUAAAGUGUUGGCCAUGCAAAUGUGAGGACCUGAGUUCAAAUCCACAGCAGCCACAUAAUGGCUCAAUGCAGUAGUGUGUGUCUGUAAUCCCAGUGCUCCUAUGCGAAGGUGGAAGGCUGGGACAGCAGAGUCCCCUGAAGCUUGGAAGCCAGCUAGCUUGGCAUUCGUAUCAGUAAAAUAAAAGAGACCCUGUCUCAAACAAGGUAGAAGGUGAACACUCACACCCGAGUCCUCUGACCUCCACACGUAUGCCAUGGCACAUGUGUACCCACAGGUAAACAUACUGACAUAUCAUGUACACUCGUGUACACACAUGUACAAAAAAUACGAAAAUAAAAUAAUUAUUUUAUAUAUAAAUUAUUUUAUACCUAGGGCUGGAGAGAUGGCUCUUUUUUUUCUUCUGAUCUCCUAUAGCAUUCACACAUACAUGAUAUGCACACAUAUACACACAUACACACACAUACAUAGUUUAUGAAAAAGGAUAAUAAAUCUUUUUUAUAAUAUCUUUUUUAAUUCGAUAUAUUUUUUAUUUACAUUUCAAAUGAUUUCCCCUUUUCUGGAGAAUAAAUAUCUUUUUAAAUAACCCUCAAAUCAUCUCCUUCCAAACAAAGGAGAGUGGGUCUAAUCUGGUAUCUUAUGUUGACAGACUUGUUUAUAAUAUGGCCCUGUUUUAGAAUUGUUGAAUAUAAACUAAGUUGAAGGAGUAUGAUCCUUUAUAACCUGAGAAACCCUAAGGGAACUUGGCUACUCAUGUGAACAGGCCCCUUCCAAUCUAGAAGAGUCUGUAAAUAUGACUUGUGGAACUGGUUUCCUUACACAGGGCCCUGCCUCCUGUGAGGCGCCUGUGAGAGUGACUCUGCACUGACCCCUGGUGGCCGCUCCUGUUGCUAACAAGGAGAAGCAGACUUGAACCUUUCCUGUUAUGUACCAGUCCAGUUGAGCCCUUAAAAUAUAAAGAUAGCCAUAUCCAUACAAUAUAAUUAACAAAAACUACUGUGAAGAUGGGUAGUAAGGACAUUUAAGAAGGUAGAGUUUUAAUUUAGUGAUACAUUCUGUCUGACUUUUAUCAUUAUAAAAGUGAAUUGUAUAACAAUAGCAUCUGCGUUUCAGGGAAGAAAGCUUAGAGUUCCCUUUGUUAUUUCUGCUUUGAAAUUUCACUUGGAGAUCAUGAAGUAGGUGUUCAGGACUCUCAGAGCAAUAAUAAAAAAUUGGGAAUGAGAAGACAAAAGUACAGCCCUUCCCAUUGCACAGUAAUGCCCUGACAGUUACCUUCGCCCGAAGCAGUUACCUUUCUAAGCAUACUUUAUAUCAAGCUGGCUGUGGUGACACACACCUGUAACACAAGCGCAGGCCGGAGUAGGAGGACUGUUGAGAGUUUAAAGCUAACCUGGUCUACAUAUGGAGUUCGGGCCAGCCAGGGCUACAUAGUAAGACCUUGCCUCAACGAACCAAAAAUUAAACAAAAAUAUUUUAUGUCAUUUGAAAAUGUCAUGUAUGCUGGGCUAGGGUGUGGCUCAGUAGCAGAGCAUGUGCUUAGUAUGUGUGAGACCCCCGGAGUCCAGGCUCUGGUAUGUGCACUAGAUGCAGCACAGCUUAAGCUUUGAAAUGUGUACUCAACAAUACUAUCCUCACUAGUUCUUUUCUUUCUUUCUUUUUCCCCACUUUAAAACAAGGUCUCAUGUAAUCUAGGUUAGCUUCAGAUUUGUUAUGUGGCCAACCUGGCUUUGAGCUCCUGCUCCUGUUCCCUUUACCUUCCAAGAGCUCACAUGGCGUUUGGUUGGUUUUUGUUUUAUGGCUAAGAGGAAAUUUGUAAGAACCUGAGAAAUGGCAACUAUAGAGUGAUGAUAUCACUGAUUUUUUUUUUUUGCUUUGUUUUGGAGUUUUGUUUUAUUUUAGUUAGUGAGUUAGACUUCCUGUGUAGCCCAGGUUGGCCUGAAGCUUGCUGUAGGCCUUGAACUCAUGGUCAUUCUCCUGCCUUACCCUCUCCAGAGAGGACUGUAGCUGUGGCUCACCAUGCCAGCGUUACUGAGGCUUUCUUUCUGGAAUCCUGUUAUUUUUCUCAGGGGAGGUUUUUGUUUAUUCUUUUUCUGUGGUGGAGAGCUGACCCAGGGUCUCACACUCACACACACACUCACAUUCUCACACUCACUAGGCUCUGCUGCUGAACUACCUCCCUGGCCCAAGGGGAGAUAGAGGACACAAACUAACAAACACAUGCUGGGUCUGGCUCUGUAUUCCAAUUUAGGAGGCUAGACAGAGGGUUAGGACAAGAGGGGUUUGACUUUGAGGUUAGAAAACAAAUCCAUUAACCAAAGCUAAAGCCAAAAACUAAAAAAAAAAAAAAAAUCUUCCUCAUAUUAUUGCCCAACUAGGAGACUGACAACAUUUGGAAGUCUGGGUAUAGUGUGUGUGUGUGUGUGUGUGUGUGUGUGUAUUUUAAACAACAAUAACAAACCAGGGUCUCACUGUAUAGCCCUAGUUAUGUAGAACAUACUUGGCUUGAACUUCCUCCUGCCUCUGUGUCUGGAGUGCUCAUUGCAUGAAUCACCACGCCUGGCUCUGACGAACCUCUAAGUCAGAAAAACGGGGCUUGGAUGGCUUACAUCAUCACUUACAUCAUCUUAUCUUUGAUCAUUGUCUUAGUAAUACAAAGUUACUCACUGCCUUGAAGCCACACUAGGGUUAUGCGCGAGUGUCCUUCUGGUAAGAUGGAAAUAUUUGUGACAGGCUCUGUCACAACUUUGACUAAUAUGUGUGUACAUGUUAGGAUCAAAUCUAACCUAAGGUCUUGCCAAGCAAAGGCUACAGAUACCACUGAGCUAUAUCUCCAGCCCCAUUUUUUAUCUUUUGAGAUAGAGCAUCACUAAGUUGCCCACGCUGGCCUUGAAUUUGUGAUCCUGCUAUCCCAGCCUCCUAAGUGGAUAGGAUUAUAGCCUGUGCUAGCAAGCCUGGCUUACACUGAGUCUUACCGGAACUGCUGCUGUGCUGUGGGGCUGUGGACGUAGUUCAGAUGAUGCCCAAGGCCUCAGCCAUGAUUCCUAGCAUCUUGUAAACUGGACGUGGUAAAGCAUGAUCUUAGCACCUGGGAGGGGAAGUGCAAAGCAGGGUUGCCGUGUGCAAGAGGCCCUGGUAUGCUCAGAACAACACCGAAGGCUCUGGUUCCAGUCACCUGUGGAAGUACUACAAUGCUGCUGGGUUACUUUUUUUUUUUUAA